UGCACCCAUCUGUUGGAAGUCUUGAACGACUUAUUCUAUUAAAUUUAAAAGACUGUAAGUGUCUUCAGAACCUUCCGCAUGAGAUCUACUUGAAAUCUCUUAAAAUUUUAAUUCUAUCUGGCUGUUCAAAACUCAAGAAGUUUCCAAAGAUUGGGAGAAACAUGACAAGCAUGUUGGAGCUUUAUUUGGACAGGACCGCCAUAGAAGGACUACCAUCAUCAAUCAAGCAUCUAACCAACUUGACUUUAUUGAAUCUUCAAGACUGUGAAAACCUUUCAAGUUUUCCAAGUGUUAUUUGUAGUUUGAUCUCUCUUGAAAUUCUCAUUUUAUCAGGAUGUAAGGGUCAACCACCACAAGCAAGGUAUUUGAGUGGGCUCAUUCCCACUUUAUCCUCAAUCGGUACCACCCUCACUCUUCUCUACACCUAUCUCACUGAUCGACAACCUGAAGCAGAGCCCAUCAGUCUAGUGUUGCCUUUGUCAUUCUCAGGAUUAAGCUCUUUAGUAUCUCUAGAUCUAAGUGGCUGUAAUCUGUUGGACGGAGCUCUCCCUGAUGAUCUUAGCUACUUGUUCUCACUAACAUCUCUGAACUUGAGGAACAAUAAUUUUACAUGCUUACCUUGUAGCAUUUCUCAGCUUUUAAAUCUCAAACUUCUUUUCUUGGAUCAUUGUAGCAAGCUUCAAUCAUUGCCAUAUCUUCCAUUAAGUACACAAUUUGUUUCAGCACAAGGAUGUACUUCACUUGAAAAUUAUUCAAAUCAAGUUAUUGUUUGGACUUCGGGUGCAGCAAGAUUCACUUUUAUUAAUUGCAAUGGCUUGGCUGAUGAUGAAGGCAAAAUUGCUGAUGUUCCUUUGCCAAAUAUACACUUUCAAUCAUUGUAGCAAAGAUACAUGGAGGUCUCUCUCUCUCUCUCUCAUGCACGCAUUGAACAUCUUUUUUACUUGUCUUUUAAUAUUUUGUAGGACCAAAUUCUUCAAAUUAAAGGCUUUUUCCUGGUUUUACCUCAAAUUGAAAUUCCAGAGUGGUUCAAGAAUAAGGAGUGCGGGCCAUCUGUGCGAAUCCCAUUACCUCCUAAUCUGCUCAAUAAUAGAAGUUGGAAAGGGAUCGCUCUUUGUGUAAUUUUUGUAGUCCCUCCAAAUUUGAUAGAUGUUUCUCCUGGUCAGGAUUCAAAAUACUUUCAUGAAUUUAGUUGUCAUUUUGACAUGGAUGGCAGUCUUUUAAAUUGUCCCCUGGUCCUUAAGGUUCCUAAGGAAACAUUUGUUGGUUCAUUUGGACUUUGGCUUUACAUAUCACAUGCGAGGUUUACAGAACAUUUUGACGAAGGGAGUUGCAUUAGCUCUUUGAUUAGACCAAAAGGCUGGAUAUUCAGAUCAAAAUGUGUGGUGCACGAAUUCUAUACGAGCAAGAUAUGUUAGAAUUUGUACAAAACUCAAGGCAAGAAAAUUUCAGGAGCUGUGAUGACCUCAGUCGAGGUCAUGAAAAAUUCAUAGAAGAUCAUAUGAGCAGUUCCCAAAGCUAUGAUCUUAAGCUAAAACAAAAGCUCAAUUCACUGCUUUCAACAUUGUAUCAGGUAGAUUGGGCAAAAAACCAUUUGUAUGAUUAUAUCUUUCAUCAGAUUGCACGUCCACCAUGCUGGUUCACUCGUACAAACCUUGGGCCCUCCAUAGAAAUGCCGUUACCUGCAGAUGUACAUGAUAAUUCAACAUGGUUGGGAUUCACUAUAUUGCUUCGUAUUGUAUUCAAAUGCAAGCUGGUUUCAGUUACAAGCUGCAUUCAACAAUUUUUCUUCGCUAUUCUAGUCUUUCAGCUAGUGAUGAAGUUUCUUUUGCAUCUUACACAACCUUUCCCCUCUCUACAGACGUUUUUGAUGAGUCACCACAAGAUUCAGGACGACUUGUGGUAUUUUACAUACCACGCUGGGGUUUUCAGUUGAAGCAGUGUGAUCACAUUGGAGCUUCAUUUGAAAGCAGUGACCCAACUGUACAAUUUGAAAUGUGUGGAAUUUGUCUUGUAUAUGAGCAAAAUGUCCCAGAGUUUGUGCAAUUCCUUGUUGAGUGCAUGUUAGGGAGUCUAGAUGCCAAUCAUCAAUCUUUUUCCGUAAGUCUUUCAUAUCAACUUGGAAUGAUGCAAUACUGCAACCAUGAAAAAGAAAAUUGUUGCCCUUUCUUACCCGAAAGGAGGCUUGACCCCGACACCAUGCGAAUGCUUCUACCAAAUAAUGAAACCAUACAAGAGGAGUGUACUUCACGGGAGACAUCUUCAAAUCAAGUAAUUGCUGCAGGCAUUUCGAAAAAUUCAAGUCGAGGCUCUAUUAAUUUAGGCAUACCAUUUGGGAAUGGGCAAGAUGGAAGUAAGAUGUCAGGCCACCUUGAAUGUUGGUUUAAACCAUAUUUGCAGAUAUAUCUCUCUUUCUCAUUUGGUGGAAUGCCUAGAAAUAGCCCUGCUGCUGAUAGGUGGCUGCGUAAUGCCAAUAUUCAACAGAAGGGUUUAAUUCCUUCUCCUCAUACUCCAUUACUGAUGAUGCACAAAGCUGAGAAGAAGCAUGAAGUGGGUAAAGUGACGGAUGAGGAACAGGCAAAGCAAAGGCAGUUGAAAGUUAUUUUGAACAAGCUAACUCCUCAGAACUUUGAUAAACUUUUUGAACAAGUGAAAGCAGUAAACAUUGACAAUCUUGACACUCUAACUGGUGUCAUCUCACAGAUCUUUGACAAAGCUUUAAUGGAGCCUACUUUCUGUGAAAUGUGUGCCAAUUUCCCUAGUCAACUUUCUUUGGAAUUGCCUGAUUUCAGCAAAGACAAUGAAAAGAUAACUUUUAAGAGGGUGUUUUUGAGCAAGUGCCAGGAGGAAUUUGAGAGAUGGGAAAGAGAGCUAGAAGAAGCUAAUAAAGCUGAUGAAGAGGGUGAGAUCAAACAGUCUGAUGAAGCUAAUGAUUCGGUUUGA